AUGGAGAACUACCAGAAAAUCGAGAAAGUCGGCGAAGGCACGUAUGGCGUCGUCUACAAGGCCCGCGAGCUGAACCAUCCUUGCCGUAUUGUCGCUCUGAAAAAAAUCAGACUGGAGGCCGAAGAUGAGGGUGUUCCUAGCACAGCCAUCCGCGAGAUCUCACUACUCAAAGAAAUGCAGGACCCCAACAUUGUCCAAUUGCUCAACAUCGUCCAUGCCGACGGCCACAGUCUCUACCUCGUCUUUGAGUUCCUCGAUCUCGAUCUGAAGAAAUACAUGGAAGCUCUACCGGCUAGCGAGGGUGGUCGUGGUAAGCCUCUUCCCCAUGAGUCUACGUCGAUGGCAACCCUAGGACUAGGCGAUGCUAUGGUUAAGAAGUUUAUGGCCCAGCUGGUUGAGGGUAUCCGCUACUGCCAUAGUCGCCGCAUCCUGCACCGUGAUCUGAAGCCCCAGAACUUGCUCAUUGACCGUGAUGGUAACCUGAAGCUGGCCGAUUUUGGUCUGGCAAGAGCCUUCGGUGUCCCGCUACGGACUUACACCCAUGAGGUCGUUACGCUGUGGUAUCGCUGCCCCGAGAUUCUGCUUGGGGGCCGCCAGUAUUCUACUGGUGUCGAUAUGUGGUCCGUAGGCGCUAUUUUCGCCGAGAUGUACACCCGCAAGCCAUUAUUCCCUGGUGACUCGGAGAUCGACGAAAUCUUCAAGAUCUUCCGUGUCCUCGGCACCCCCGACGAAGAGAUCUGGCCCGAUGUUACUUCAUUCCCCGAUUACAAGGCCACUUUCCCCAAGUGGAAACGCCCCGAUGUGUCGAUUGUCCCCGGCAUGGAGCCUGCUGGUCUCGAGCUGCUGGAGGCCCUACUCGAGUACGACCCCGCCCACCGGCUCUCGGCGAAGCAGGCCUGCAUGCACCCCUAUUUCCGGAACGGAAGCUCACACUACUCCGGCCGUCUCAAGCGCAACAGUUAUCAAUGA